GUGUCGGACACGCCACCUGGUGAAGAAGAGUUUGAGGGCUCUGGUCUUGAAGGCGAUCUGGACGCAGGAUCUGGGGCAGGCUCCGGCUUCGGCGGUGAUGACAACGGUGGCAACGGGGACGGCAACGGGGACGAGGACGAAGAAGACAGCGUGGUCUACUUCUUCCUGGAGGAGAGCACGGGCUACAUGCAGCCAGCCUUGCAAUUCCUGUCCAUCGUCCACACCCUGGUAGCGUUCCUCUGCAUCAUCGGCUACAACUGUCUCAAAGUGCCAUUGGUCAUCUUCAAGCGCGAGAAGGAGCUGGCCCGUACGUUGGAGUUUAGCGGGCUGUACAUCACGGAGCAACCGGAGGAUGACGACAUCAAAGGCCAGUGGGAUCGUCUGGUGCUCAACGCUCCGAUUAGUUCCAUUGACAUUAAGUACAAGAUUUGGAAACUUGGCGUCAUCUUCACGGAUAACUCCUUCCUUUAUCUCUUCUGGUACAUGGUGAUGUCCGUGCUUGGCCAUUACAACAACUUCUUCUUCGCUUGCCAUCUUCUGGACAUUGCCAUGGGCGUCAAGACCUUAAGGACCAUCCUGUCCUCUGUCACCCACAAUGGCAAACAGCUGAUGAUGACCGUGGGGUUGCUGGCGGUGGUUGUCUACCUUUACACCGUGGUGGCCUUCAACUUCUUCCGCAAGUUCUACAACAAGAGCGAGGACGAGGACGAACCAGACAUGAAGUGUGACGAUAUGAUGACGUGUUACCUCUUCCAUAUGUAUGUCGGAGUGAGAGCCGGUGGCGGCAUCGGGGAUGAGAUUGAAGACCCAGCUGGAGACGAAUAUGAGCUCUACCGCGUGAUCUUUGAUAUCACCUUCUUCUUCUUUGUCAUUGUCAUCUUGUUGGCUAUCAUCCAAGGUUUUGUGCAAUGCUUCUUGCUGGUGAUGUUAGAAGUGUAA